UAUACAUACUACUAGUGGGCAUGAUGGACGAUGUGACUUCCAAUUCAACAUCAGCGAGCGAAAAAUCGUUUGACACUGAAAAAUUGUUGGUAGAGCUAUUGAAGAUAUUGAAAGAUGAAAAAAUGUUUGAUACUACCGGUGAAUUUCCGGUGGUUGAAUUUUUACAUCCUCAUCAACUUCAGAAAAAAAUAGAUCUCAAAUUGAAGGAUGAAGGCUGCGAUGAUUCAGAAAUAAAGACUUUAGUCCGUAAAUUUGCGCACUAUUCUGUCAAGACAACUCAUUUGCAUUUCCACAAUCAAUUAUUCUCCGGAGUUGACAGUUACGCUCUGGCAGGUGCUGUGGUAACAGAAUGUUGCAACACAUUUCCAGUUACAUUUGAAGUAGCGCCGGUGGUUCAAUUGAUAGAGCGAGAAUUACUGGACCGAGUUCUGAGACUAGUAAACUACCCUGCUUAUCCAAAUGCUGAUGGAAUCAUGUGUCCUGGUGGAAGCAUGUCGAACAUGUAUGGGAUGGUAUUAGCACGGUACUCACGUAUUCCUGAGAUAAAGACUAAAGGUCUCAGUGGCUUGCUACCGUUAUCAAUGUUUACUAGCGAAUUGGGACAUUAUUCCAUUUCAAAAGCAGCACAUUGGCUGGGUUUUGGCACCGACAACGUUUAUACGAUAAAAACCGACGAACUAGGACGCAUGGACCCAGAGGAUUUGAAAAAAAAUAUAAAAGACGCGAGAGCGCGGGGAACGAUUCCAUUCUUUGUAAACGCUACUGCUGGGACGACUGUGGUUGGUUCUAUUGAUCCGCUUGAAGAUAUUGCUGCUAUUUGCAAGCAAGAGAAUCUCUGGUUUCAUAUCGAUGCUUGCUUGGGCGGGUCUUUGCUGCUCUCAACAAAAUAUCGUGAUCGAUUGAAAGGCGUUGAGUUAUCGGAUUCAAUGUCAUGGAACCCGCAUAAAAUGCUCGGCGCGCCUCUGCAGUGUUCGCUGUUUUUAGUCAGACGUAGGAAUUUGUUGUACGAAGCUAAUUGCUCCGGAGCGACGUAUUUAUUUCAGCAGGAUAAAUUUUAUGACGUCUCCUGGGACACUGGGGACAAAAGUGUUCAAUGCGGCAGAAAGGUGGAUGCUGUUAAAUUAUGGCUGAUGUGGAAGGCAAGAGGCACCAACGGACUCGGGUUAUCCGUUGACAUCGCCAUGGACUGUGCCGAUUAUUUUUUCAACAAAAUAAAAGAUCGCAACGGCUACAGACUUGUCUUCCCAAAAUACCAGGGCAACACCAUCAGCUUCUGGUAUAUACCUCCGAGCAUGAGAGGCCAACCGGAAACCCAAGAAUGGUGGGACAAAUUGUACGCAUUAACCGCUAAAAUAAAAGAACUUUUGGUGUUGGAUGGCCGUUUAUUAAUCAGCUACAAUCCGCUGACGAGUAAAAAAAUCGUUUCUUCUGCUACUUUGUCCGCUUUUACGCAUGGAAAUAAUAUUGACACUAAAAAAUUACUUGAAGAAGUAUUAGAUAUUUUAAAUGAAGAAAAUGUUUUUGAUACUACUGGACAAUUUCCUGUUGUUAAAUUUUUACACCCUCAUGAACUUCAGAAAAAAAUCGACAUCAAAUUAAAAAAUGAAGGAUCGAGCGAAGAAAAAAUCAAAGAUGCGGUUCGUAAGAUCGCUCAUUAUUCAGUAAAGACGUCGAAUCCACAUUUCCACAAUCAAUUAUACGCUGGAGUUGACAGUUACGGUUUGGCAGGCGCUUUAUUAACAGAAUGCUGCAAUACAAGCCAAUACACGUAUGAAGUGGCGCCGGUGUUUCAAUUAUUAGAGCGACAAGUGUUGGACCAGGCAUUAAAAUUAGUAAACUACCCUUCCUAUCCUGAAGCAGAUGGAAUUUUGUGCCCUGGUGGAAGCUUGUCGAACAUGUAUGGGAUGGUAUUAGCACGGUACUCACGUAUUCCUGAGAUAAAGACUAAAGGUCUCAGUGGCUUGCUACCGUUAUCAAUGUUUACUAGUGAAUUGGGCCAUUAUUCCAUUUCAAAAGCAGCACAUUGGCUGGGUUUUGGCACCGACAACGUUUAUACGAUAAAAACCGACGAGCUAGGACGCAUGGACCCAGAGGAUUUGAGAAAAAAUAUAAAAGACGCGAGAGCGCGGGGAACGAUUCCAUUCUUUGUAAACGCUACUGCUGGGACGACUGUGGUUGGUUCUAUUGAUCCGCUUGAAGAUAUUGCUGCUAUUUGCAAGCAAGAGAAUCUCUGGUUUCAUAUCGAUGCUUGCUUGGGUGGGACUUUGCUGCUCUCAACAAAAUAUCGUGAUCGAUUGAAAGGCGUUGAAUUAUCGGAUUCAGUGUCAUGGAAUCCACAUAAAAUGCUUGGCACGCCUCUGCAGUGUUCGUUUUUUUUAGUCAGACGUAGAAAUUUGUUAUACGAAGCUAAUUGCUCCGGAGCGACGUAUUUAUUUCAGCAGGAUAAAUUUUAUGACGUCUCCUGGGACACUGGGGACAAAAGUGUUCAAUGCGGCAGAAAGGUGGAUGCUGUUAAAUUAUGGCUGAUGUGGAAGGCAAGAGGCACCAACGGACUCGGGUUAUCCGUUGACAUCGCCAUGGACUGUGCCGAUUAUUUUUUCAACAAAAUAAAAGAUCGCAACGGCUACAGACUUGUCUUCCCAAAAUACCAGGGCAACACCAUCAGCUUCUGGUAUAUACCUCCGAGCAUGAGAGGCCAACCGGAAACCCAAGAAUGGUGGGACAAAUUGUACGCAUUAACCGCUAAAAUAAAAGAGCUUUUAGUGUUGGAUGGGCAGUUAUUAAUCGGUUACAGUCCGCUGACGGGUAAAAAAAUCGGUAACUUUUUCCGAAUGGUCGUUUCCUGCCAACCGACACCUUCUCAUCAUUCCAUGGAUUUCGCUCUUCAACAAAUUGAAUUUAUAGCUCACAAAUUA